UUCAGCUAAAGCUAAAAUCCUCGUAAAAGCUUUGCAAUUUCCUAACAAAAAAAUCCAUUAUUGUAUCGCCGCUUUCAAUUUCAAUUUCCCAUUUAUUGCGCCACGCUUAUUCUUCCCAUUUUGGGCCGUCACGGAAUCCAAUAAUCGUUAACAAACCGUCACGAAUCGUUAACUAACGUUAGCUUCCGCGACAACGUUAACCGUAAUGGAGAACGGCAAUGGGAUCAGCAGCAACGGCCACGCUCACGCGCAUGAUUUCUGCGUGGAGCACAAGCGCCGCCCGUCGCAGGACCCGUUGAACUGGAACGCGGCGGCGGAGGCCCUGAAGGGCAGCCACCUGGACGAGGUGAAGAGAAUGGUGGAGGAGUACAGGACGGCGACGGUGAAGCUAGGAGGCGAGACGCUGACGAUAGCUCAGGUGGCGGCCGUAGCCGCCCGUGGGACGUCGGAGGUGACGGUGGAGCUGUCGGAGGCGGCCCGCGCCGGCGUGAAGGCCAGCAGCGACUGGGUCAUGGCCGGAAUGGAAAAUGGCACCGAUAGCUACGGCGUCACCACCGGGUUCGGUGCAACCUCUCAUCGACGGACAAAGCAAGGCGCUGCUCUUCAGAAAGAACUUAUUAGGUUCUUGAACGCCGGAAUAUUCGGCAACGGGGCGGAGUCAUGCCACACGCUGCCGCACUCCGCCACCAGGGCCGCCAUGCUGGUCAGGAUCAACACCUUGCUCCAGGGCUACUCCGGGAUCAGGUUCGAGAUCCUGGAGGCCAUAACCAAGCUGCUGAACCACAAUAUCACGCCCUGCCUGCCCCUCCGUGGCACCAUCACCGCGUCCGGCGACUUGGUCCCUCUUUCCUACAUCGCCGGGCUGAUCACCGGCCGGCCGAACUCCAAGGCGGUCGGGCCGAACGGGGAGGCCCUGGACGCCGAGGAGGCGUUCAGGAUGGCGGGAAUCGAAUCCGGGUUCUUCGAGUUGCAGCCGAAAGAAGGCCUGGCCAUGGUGAAUGGCACGGCGGUCGGGUCAGGAUUAGCGUCAAUGGUGCUGUUUGAGGCCAACAUAAUGGCGGUUUUAUCGGAGGUUUUGUCAGCACUGUUUGCAGAAGUUAUGCACGGCAAACCGGAAUUCACAGACCAUUUGACGCAUAAAUUGAAGCACCACCCGGGCCAGAUCGAAGCCGCAGCAAUAAUGGAACAUAUUUUGGAUGGGAGUUCAUACAUAAAAGAAGCCACGAAAACCCACGAAUUAGACCCUCUUCAGAAGCCUAAACAGGACCGCUAUGCUCUCAGAACAUCGCCCCAAUGGCUCGGCCCUCAGAUUGAAGUGAUCAGAGCCGCCACCAAGAUGAUUGAGAGGGAAAUUAACUCUGUAAACGACAACCCUCUGAUUGAUGUUUCCAGGAACAAGGCAUUGCACGGAGGGAAUUUCCAGGGGACACCAAUUGGCGUCUCGAUGGACAACGUUCGCCUGGCGCUGGCCGCCAUUGGGAAGCUAAUGUUUGCUCAGUUCUCCGAGCUUGUCAACGACUACUACAACAAUGGCCUGCCUUCAAAUCUCUCGGGCGGGCGAAACCCUAGCUUGGAUUAUGGCUUCAAGGGGGCAGAAAUCGCGAUGGCGUCUUACUGCUCAGAGCUGCAGUUCCUUGGCAACCCUGUCACCAAUCACGUCCAGAGCGCCGAGCAGCAUAACCAGGAUGUAAACUCUCUCGGGCUCAUCUCGUCGAGGAAGACAUCCGAGGCGCUCGACAUUCUGAAGCUCAUGUCUGCAACCUACAUGGUUGCAUUGUGCCAAGCCAUUGACCUGAGGCACCUGGAGGAGAAUCUGAAGGCCUGCACUAAAAAUGCAGUUAGUCAGGUUGCCAAAAAGGUCUUAACAGUGGGGGAAAAUGGUGAGCUUCACCCUUCCAGAUUCUCCGAAAAGGAUCUCCUCAAAGUCGUCGACAGAGAGUACGUGUUCGCCUAUGCUGAUGACCCGUGCAGCGAAAACUACCCAUUGAUGCAGAAGCUGAGGCAGGUCCUGGUCGAUCACGCCUUGGCUAAUGGCGAAGCCGAGAUGAGCUCUAGCACAUCCAUCUUCCACAAAAUCGGGGCGUUCGAGGAGGAACUCAAAGCCAUUUUGCCUAAAGAAAUCGAGGGUGCGAGGUGUGAGCUAGAGAGUGGCAAUGCAGCCAUUCCUAACAGGAUCCAAGAGUGCAGGUCCUUCCCACUCUACAAAUUUGUUAGGGCAGAACUAGGAACCAAUCUUCUAACGGGCGAGAAAGUCCGGUCACCCGGGGAGGAAUGUGACAAGGUAUUCACAGCCAUGUGUGAAGGGAAGCUCAUAGAUCCACUGCUGGAUUGUUUGAAGGAAUGGAAUGGUGCCCCUCUGCCCAUCUGCUAGAAGUCUUGGUGGGGUAAAUUAAAAGUCUGCUUUGUUAAUCUUACUUUUGUACUGUUUGUAAACUCUGUUGCCACAACAUAUGUUUGGAAAAGCCUUAAAUUCAUCAUGCUAUGUUUGUAUUAGUUUUGUUUUUGUGUAUUCUUGUUGAACAAAAAUGUAUUAUAAACAUAAGAAGUCAUUUAAUUUUCUUAACUUCAUCAAA